AUGUCAGCCCCAAUACUUGGCGCGUUUAUCACUCACGCAAGCAAGCCUGAAGUUUCUGUCUCUGGAUUAUCUCCCGUUCUGCACCGCGACCAGGUUUUCACAAGUCAGCCAACGCAUCAUGAAUUGGACGAGCUAAAAUGGGGUGAGCGCCUCAAUGGACCCAAGCUCACCCCAGAAGCGCAUGUCUCAAUUGACCAGUCUUUCUCCCGGCCUGAAGAAGAGCUGGAAUCCAGUCAGGGCGUGGUUUCACCUCAUGAUCGUGUCGUUGAUGCUUUCAUCCCCUCUGCAUCUAACCCGCCAAGAAACCGAUGGAGACUGGCAGCUGCAGGUGUCAUGUUUUUACUGAUGGGCCUCAAUGAUGCUGCUACGGGUGCGCUCAUCCCUUAUCUGGAGAAAGAGUACAAUAUUUCCUACGGUGUGGUCUCUUUGAUCUUCAUCACCAAUGCAAUCGGCUUCAUCUCUGUUGUGCCUGUAUGUCAACUGAUCGAAGCUAAACUCGGACGGGCACGCUCUUACGUUGUUGCUGCGUGUUUGAUGAGUACCGGAUAUACUGCCCUAGUCUGCGCACCGCCGUUUCCUGUGGUUGUGUUGAGUUUCUACUUCUUGGGCUCAGGAAUGGGCCUCUUUCUAGCUAUGACCAAUACGUUUAUAGUAAAUCUCAUGCGAGGGACGGUCAUACUGGGUGCAAUGCAUGGGCUCUAUGGAGUUGGCGGUGUUGUGUCUCCAAUGAUCGCGACUGCCAUUGUAACUAGAGGUAUACGAUGGUCAUAUUUCUACUUCAUCCCUCUAUCACUUGCGGUGUCUUCAAUUCUGUUCAUGGGCUGGUCCUACAAGGGAUUCGAAGAUGAUGCGGCUUCCCCGCUGCUCACCACUCUUGAGCGAACGGCAUCACGACAAGCUGCCUCAGGGAGCGAGAUCACGAGAUCUCACCUAUUACGUCGAGCCCUGAAUGAGAAGACAACACUUCUUGGCGCCGCCUUCAUCUUUUUCUACCAGGGUGCUGAAGUUGCCAUCUCCGGUUGGGUCAUCUCCUACUUGAUUACUUACCGUAAUGGAAAUCCUACCGAAGCCGGAUACAUUGGCUCGGGUUUCUGGUUGGGAAUCACCGUCGGCAGGUUUGUGUUGACCCAUUUCGCUCACAAAUUCGGCGAGAAGCGAGCGGUCAUCGCUCUCACUGUGGGUGCUGCCGCUUUCCAGCUUUUGGUGUGGCAGGUACCCAAUAUCAUUGGCAACGCAGUUGCAGAAGCCCUUGUCGGUCUUUUCCUGGGACCAGUCUAUCCUUGUGCGACAGCGAUAUUUUCCAAAUUGUUGCCCAGGAAUAUGCAGGUCACUGCACUUUCUGUGGUGGGUGGGAUGGGAUCAUCGGGAGGUGCACUCGUACCUUUCAUCACUGGCAUGCUGGCACAGAAGUUGGGCACUGUGGUUCUUCACCCCAUAGUCCUGAUUUCAUUUGCAGCAAUGUUGGUGACAUGGUUCCUCUUGCCUCGUGUUGAGAAACGCAGGGAGUAA